GAAGAUUUCCGCGGAAAAUAGGUCAUUGGAGUCAAGAAAUAACUUACCGCUACAGAAACCAGAACAGUCAGAUGAUACGGUUCCAAGUAGUAAAAAAGAGGAAAGAGUCUUACUUAGCAUUGAUGUUGAAGAAACAAAAAGCUUUUGUAUGUUUAGUAAUUGGCUUAACGCAAAUACAAAGGAAGAUAUAAAAGUCUUUCGCAUUAGCAAAAAUCACCCAAAAAUCAAAGAACUCUUAAAGGAAGAAAAAUUAAAAAAAGAUAAAUGGUUUACUAUUCGAUAUGGGAAAGUAGACAAAAAAACAGAUGAAGGAAUUACAUAUGAUUUCAAUGAGUUUAAUCAGGAAUUGGAAAUUAUAGAAGCAUAA